UGUUUGUAUAGCCAACCGUUAUUCCAGGGUUUGUUUACACUAAUUACAAUGGCGACCAUCUCUGAGUUGAAGGAUGCCAUGAGGCAGAAACUGGAGUCCCGUGGCGUAAUGGGCCAGCUGAAGGCUCGGAUCCGAGCGGAGGUGUUCAGCGCCCUGGAUGAACAGCGGGAAGCGCGGCCGUCGUUGUCCCACGAAAACCUGCUCAUAAACGAGCUCAUCCGGGAAUAUCUGGAGUUCAACAAGUACAGGCACACUGCGUCGGUGCUCACAGCAGAGUCAGGACAACCUGAAACUCCCUUGGACAGACAGUUUUUGGCCGCUGAGCUGAGAGUCUCGGAGGACGCAAACUCCAAGUCUGUACCUCUGCUGUAUGGGCUGUUUUCUCACUUCCUGAACAGCAGCGAUAACCGAGGGAAGGUUUUGCUGCGAGGUGCUGCUGUGAGCAUCUCAGCUCCUGGACAUGAUUCGUGACGUUCAGCUCCUGACCAGCGAUGCUCACGGACUUAGAAGUCGCUUUGGCUCUCGCAGGAGUUCUGCACCACCUACCUGAAUACAACUUAUUUUGUAAUGUAGAAGACUUGCAGAAUGAAAGGCCUAAAGGGGGGAUGGAGGGGUAAAUGGUAUUUUAUAAGUUGGCAAAGUGUGGGGGGAUGGAUUGAGGGUUUUUUUUUCUUGUCUUCUUUACAGGAGAUGUAAACAAUACAUUUUGUACAAAAAUUAAA